GGAGGUAGACUGGGAGAAGGGAGAGAGAGAGAGAGAGUCCACGCCAGACUGGGUGGCACAUUUCGGACGCACAUUAGGAGUGCGUAAAACCGCUUGGAACGCGUAAAAACAACAAUCCCCACUCGUGUUCGACUUUUCUUCUUUUUUUUUUUUCCAGAAUUGUGGGAGUGUUGGAAGUAGUUCGUAAUCCCUUCCUUUCUGAAUGGACUCUCCGGGAAGAGACGCUGGUCCUGGUCCGGGGACGCUGGCUGGCUGGCGGCGUGGAAAUGCGUGUUGGUAGCGAGAGCGAGCACGACACCGAUAACGACGCAACCUCGACUUGUUUAGUGUUUUAGUUUUUUGGUUCCCCCCCCCUAACAAAGAUGGAGGUGGGCAGUUUUCAUCCCCACCCGGGACUUCAGCAAACUCUGAAGCAGUUCCACCUGAGCUCCAUGCGCUCCCUCAGCGGGCCGGCGGCGUUCUCCGCCCGCUGGCACCAGGAGUCGCCCUUCAAGGACGCGGAGAUGGUGCUCUCGCUGCCGCCGCCGGUCAUGUCCGGGCCGCUCUUCAUCCCCUCCGACCGCUCCACGGAGCGCUGCGAGACGGUGCUGGAGCGCGAGCCCGUCUCCUGCUUCGUGGUGGGCGGCGAGAAGCGGCUGUGUCUGCCGCAGAUCCUCAACAGCGUGCUGCGGGACUUCUCCCUGCAGCAGAUCAACUCGGUGUGCGACGACCUGCACAUUUACUGCUCGCGGUGCACGGCGGAGCAGCUGGAGAUCCUGAAGGUGGUGGGCAUCCUGCCCUUCUCCGCGCCCUCCUGCGGCCUCAUCACGCAGACGGACGCCGAGCGGCUGUGCAACGCGCUCAUCUACGGAGGCUCGUACCCGCCGCGCUGCGACAAGGAGCGCGGCUCCUUCGAGCUGGAGCGCACCGAGAAGAGCUUCCGGGUCUACCACGAGUGCUUCGGUCGGUGCAAGGGCUUGUUCGUGCCGGAGCUCUACUCCAACCCCGGCGCCGCCUGCGUGCAGUGCCUGGACUGCAGGCUCAUGUUCCCGCCGCGCAAGUUCGUGGUGCACAGCCACAAGCGGCUGGAGAACCGGACCGUGCACUGGGGCUUCGACUCGGCCAACUGGCGGGCCUACGUGCUCCUCGACCCGGACUACGGCGACACGGAGGAGAAGGCGAGCCUGGAGCAGCUGCUCGGGGACUUAAAGGGGAAAUACGACCUGAGCGGCAAGCUGGGCAGGAAGUCGUGCAGAUCGCCGAGUCCUGUGACAGCCAAGAGGCCCAAAGUGGACAGACUGGCGUCUCCGUCAGCUGACAACAACAACAAGCGCAAACCCGAGUGGCUGCAGUCAUUGUCCACGCACAAGGACCUCAAACAAGUUCAGCUCAAGCAGAGACCGUCCGCUUUCCGACCUUGGUCUCCCAAAGCAGCCUCUCAGGAUGAGCUGGAGAGGUCCAACUCCAAGUGUAAGGAGCCCCGGGCUCCCCAGGUCCCUCCUGGGGACCGCCACGCUCCUGGCAGGGGGGCCCUAGCUGAGCAGAGUAAUGGCGACUUGCAGGCUGUCAUCAAACAGUCUAACCUGGACAACGUGGACACGGACGGAGAUAUCGAUGUGGAUGACUGUGAUGAUGGUCCACUAGCGGCGUCCUCGCUCGCUUCACCCGCCUCAGCUAGUAGCAGCGCCCCCCAGACGUUGACCCCUCAGCUUCAGGAGGGAGCCGCCUGGAUGUCGGGGCCCGUUUGCCCCGAAAUGGACGCCCUGAGACAGACGCUCUUCGCUGGGCUGGACUCCAAAGAGUCCAGGGAAAAGUUUCUGCAGGAGGUGCUGAGGAUGCGGCUAAAGCAGGAGGAGAAGCUGGCGGCCGCCGUGCAAGCCAAACGCGGCCUGCAGCAGGAGUUGGAGUUUGUGAAAGUGGCCAAGAAAGGCCGCCUGCGUGAGGCCGUGGAAGCCAAGAGAAACCUUCGCAAGGAGAUAGAACGCCUUCGUGUGGACUGGGAGAGGAAGAUGAGGGAGGCGGACGAGGCCAGCGGGCGCCUCAAGAAGGAGUUGGAGCAAGAGAGGAAGCUGAGAGGAUGUGAUAAAGGAUGCCAGGCCGAGCGUCUACGGGGAAAAUACUCAACACAGAUCGACGAGCUGCACACACAUCUCCAGCAGGCCGAGGAGGACCGCGAGCAACUGAGGCGAGAGCUCCAGCAGGAGCGGGAGUCACGGCAGAGCCUGGAGAGCGUUGUUUGGGACCUGCAGUCCCAGCUGGACAAGCAGGCCGACCUGCACGGGCCCCCCGCAGCGGGGGCCUCGCUGGGGGCAGAGCACAGGGACGGACAGAGCACACAACGCAGCAGCCCGUCCUAAAGGUGCGCCGUGAACGCGACGAGGUACUUUCAUCAACGUGAUGGCGAAACGGACUGGAAAGAAGCGAGCACGGCCGCGUCACACUACUUGAAAAUGAAGGGAAGUCACAUGUUACACGUCUGUCAGCACAACAACAACACGGUGCCACAAAAGUAUUGGUACACUCCGAGUGGCACUCAUGCAGACCACUGGAACCAACACACAGCGUUUACCACUAUUUACCUGCAAUAUCUGCUUGCUUUUUAAAUAUAUAUAUAUAUAUAUAUAUAUAUAUAUAUACACACACAUAUAUAUA